UUCCCCUCUUGCCGGAAUUUCGAUAUACCGAAGGAUGAGCUCCUCCGAUGCCAAGCCUAUACCCUUUAAAUCUAAGAAGCCCCGUAUAUGCCAUUCAGCCUCCAAAUCCCAAUCACCAGACCCCAUUUCAUUGAGCUCGAAAACUCCAGAGAAGGCCUCACGGCUCUCACAUCGUUCCCGAAACCGCGGCGUUGCGCUCUCCAUUAGAGAAGUUAGGAAAGUCGCUGAAAGCCUUCAGGAACAGAAAGGCCAGCAGCAAAAUCAUGACCGUACGGAGCAGAUCAAGUCCGCCCGAGGGAAGAUUGCACCAUCUUUCGCUGAAGUCACCCCCCGUAAAUCCAAGGCGUCUGUUGAUGAGUCCGUCAAGCUGCCGGAAAAGUAUGAAAUUUUGGGCGAGUUCUUUGACAGCUUGGAUAGCUCGAUCCGAUUGUUGCAUUUGAAAGGUUCCACAACAACUUUCACGAAUAUCUGCCCCAAAAUUGAAUGUUUAACCGAUAGGAGAUUUACUCAUAGUCACCUGGCCCAGUUGAAAUAUAUCUUACCUGAGGCGCUUGUUAUAAAGAAGGUGCUCAGGUUAGAUGAACGGACAAGUUGUAUGAAGCCAGACCUCUAUGUUACAAUAAAUCGCGAUGCGAAAGAAUCCGAUUCAAAGUUGCUCUCUGAAGGUGGAAGUGUGUCUUUGAGAAAGUUAUUUCGGACACGGUUGAGAGAUUUUUAUAAAUCUCAUCCUGAGGUUGAUGAAAUUCCAGAAGAAAUACUGCCCGUGCCAUUCAAUCACCAUAAGCAAGAUCAUUCUUCAGAGACAUUGAGAACUACCCCCUCGUUUGCUACAAUAACACCAAAUAAUGCAGUUGCACAUCAUUAUCAAACUGCAGCGCCCGUUUGCAUGCAAGAUAAUGCCAUGGGAAUCAAUUCAGAGCCUGCUAAGGGAGAAGAAAAUUCGUCAGUGCCUGUUAACAUGUCAAUUGAAGCACAUCAUCGACAACCAGCAGCAGCCACUCAUAUGUCUCAAUCAUUUAGAAGGCGCUUUUCUCAUAAAUCUGUAAAAGAUGAAGCAGAUGAUGCACAACAGAAGUCACCAUCAGGCUCCUGCUCCUUCCCUCAAUCUGUCCCAGUUGCAGAAUCAAUCAUGAAGAAAAAUUCAUCAAGUGUAGAUAGUACUAUGGGCCCACAAAUAUGUGCUUCUCCAGCUAAUCUCAAAUCAUCCGAUGCUUCUGUUGCCACUCCAAAUAAAGUUGCUUCUACUCCGUCUAGGCUGAUGACUCUUACACCUUCACUGCCUACCCCUAAGAGAUGUUACAUGAGCCCUGAUGACAGCUCUUACAGUUCACCGGACAAGCUGGUUAGGCGUUCAACUAGUUUGAAGAAGUCAUUGAACUUCGACACUCCAGUGAAAAAUCGGAGGGCAGGGAAUGAAACUGAUUUUACUUGCGGCAUAUCAACUGAUGAUGUUUUUGAUACUCUCCCAGAGAGUCUUCUCCAAUCGAUUAAAGAAAAGGAGAGAGUGACAAUGGAGGAAAGAAAUCCAGCUAUUGCGCAAGCAAAAAGACGGCAAAAAAUGAUUGCCAGCCUCCCUAAGCUAUUUAACAUGAUUCAUCUCUUGAUUCAUUCAAUGAAUCGUUCAGUUGUCACAAAAGAGGAGCUUCUAAGCAAGAUAAUCUCAAACCACUGUGAUAUUGUUGACCGUAGAGAAGUUGAAGAGCAGCUGAAUUUACUGCUAGAACUAGUUCCAGAGUGGAUUUCUGAAAAGUUGGCAUCUAGUGGAGAUCUGCUUUUCUGCAUAAAUAAAAUGCAGAACCCUGAGACCAUACGAUCACAGCUUGCAGAAGCAAAGUGAGCUAGAAGAUGACAAAGUUUUGAAUUAUCAUUUCAUGUUUAUUAAUACAAGCGAUGUACAAAUAUCCUAUUGUUUAGGGCUGCUUGUAAAUGUUUAUUUAUUUGGCAUUAUUGGAUAGAUGAGAAAAAUUCACAGUAGACCGGCUCUGCCAUUUUGGAGUGUAUAUCAUGAAAUACAUCGUAGGAGUCAUAUCCUUCUUUA